UUUCAGCCGCGACCCACUAUCCGUCUGUCACCGGAGUCAGACCGCAGGAGGAGGGCUGAGGAAGACAAGGCGUUUGCUUCCCCAACUGCGGGGUGGGAAGAAGGGCAUUAAAAUACUGCGGAAGUCAAGACCCCCCCACCCUCCCAGGUCGAAUUCAGACCACGAUGCGCUCUCCAGGCUGCGGGCGGCUGGCGCUGCCGCUGCUGCUCCUCACAGCAGCUGCCCUGGCUGAAGGCAACGCCAAAGGGCUCAAGGAGGGCGAGACCCCCGGCAAUUUCAUGGAGGACGAGCAAUGGCUGUCGUCCAUCUCGCAGUACAGCGGCAAGAUCAAGCACUGGAACCGCUUCCGAGACGAUGACUACAUCAAGAGCUGGGAGGACAAUCAGCAAGGAGACGAAGCCCUGGAUACCACCAAGGACCCCUGCCAGAAGGUGAAGUGCAGCCGUCACAAAGUGUGCAUCGCCCAGGGCUACCAGCGGGCAAUGUGCAUCAGCCGCAAGAAGCUGGAGCACAGGAUCAAGCAGCCUGCCCUGAAACUCCAUGGAAACAAAGACACCGUGUGUAAGCCCUGUCACAUGGCCCACCUCGCCUCCGUCUGCGGCUCUGAUGGCCACACUUACAGCUCAGUGUGUAAGCUGGAGCAGCAGGCAUGCCUGAGCAGCAAGCAGCUGACGGUGAGAUGCGAGGGCCCCUGCCCCUGCCCCACAGAUCAGGCUGCCACUUCCUCCACCGACGGCAAACCAGAGACCUGCACAGGUCAGGACCUGGCUGACUUGGGGGAUCGGCUACGGGACUGGUUCCAGCUCCUUCAUGAGAAUUCCAAGCAGAACGGCUCAGCCAGCAGUGGAGCCAGCCCGGCCAGUGGACUGGACAAGAGCCUGGGGGCCAGCUGCAAGGACUCCAUCGGCUGGAUGUUCUCCAAGCUGGACACCAGUGCCGACCUUUUCCUAGACCAGUCAGAGCUGGCUGCCAUCAACCUGGACAAGUAUGAGGUCUGCAUCCGCCCCUUCUUCAACUCCUGCGACACCUACAAGGAUGGCCGUGUCUCUACUGCUGAGUGGUGCUUCUGCUUCUGGAGGGAGAAGCCCCCCUGCCUGGCAGAGCUGGAGCGCAUCCAGAUCCAGGAGGCUGCCAAGAAGAAGCCAGGAGUCUUCAUCCCGAGCUGUGACGAGGAUGGCUACUACAGGAAGAUGCAGUGUGACCAGAGCAGCGGUGACUGCUGGUGUGUGGACCAGCUGGGCCUGGAGCUGACCGGCACCCGCACGCAUGGGAGCCCUGACUGCGAUGACAUCGUGGGCUUCUCAGGGGACUUUGGGAGCAGUGUUGGCUGGGAGGACGAGGAGGAGAAGGAGACAGAGGAAGCAGGCGAGGAGGCAGAGGAGGAGGAGGGCGAGGCGGGCGAGGCGGACGACGGAGGCUACAUCUGGUAGAUGGCCCUCGGGGAGCCGGGGCAGGCCAGGGUGCUGAUGGCCGGGGAGAUGGGCCAGCAGAGACCUGGACAGAAGCAGGCAGAUUACGAAUGUGUCUGGAAAAUACAGUCUGAAGCUAGCCUGGCUCCAACAGGGAGGACCGGACGUGUGUGUGUGAGUGUGCGUGGCAAGUGUGUGGCAUGUAUGGCCGGGAUGUAUGAAUGUGUGAGAGUGUGUGUGUGUGGCAUGCACUGAAAAACGUGUCCUUGGUCCACACUGCUACUGGCACAGUGAGUCACCCAAAGGCCCCUUCAGCCUCCUUGUAGUUGUUUUCCUUCCAUUUGUUAGUUUUAAAAUACACACAUCCACACACAUACACACGCUGCAAGGUCAAAAUUGAUUAAAUCAGAUGCCCCCUUGCCAGUCCCCCAGCCCUAUCCAGGCCCACCCUGACAUCCUGGGGUUCCUUGACCCACUUUGCUAGCCUCCCCUCAACAAGCCCUGCCUCCUCCUGCUCCUGCCCUUCUCUCUUUCCCUCCUGGAGUCAAGCACUGGCCUAUGGGUAAGUCCUCACUGCAGAGGGGAGGGAGGGCAGGGAGCUGUCUGCUGGCCAGGUUGGCUGUGAUACCCCCACCAGACUCAGAUGAGAGGGGCUGGGACACCCACCUCAGGGAGCCCUUUCCCUUUGCUGGACUCCCCUCCUAACCCAAGCCAGUGUGACCAGAGGUGGCUGAG